CCAGAACUCACUCACUCACUCACUCAAGCAUUCAAAAUCUCCACAAGCUUGCAUCAUCUCUCUCUAAAUUCCUCUCCUUCGAGUGACUUAACAGGCGAUAUGGCUGGCUCCUUGGUCCUUAAGCUCUCAGGCAUGGUGCUUCUGUGCUUGGUGGUGGCUGCACCUGUUGCAGAGUCGGUCAUAACUUGUGGGCAGGUGGCUAGCAGCGUGAGUCCUUGCCUUGGCUACAUCCGGGGUACGGUUGCUCAAGUCCCUCCAAACUGCUGCAAUGGGGUCAGGAGCCUCAACAAAGCGGCCGCUACCACAGCUGACCGCCAGGCCGCCUGUGAGUGCCUGAAAAAGACCGCUAGUUCCAUCCCCGGACUCAAUCCUGGUCUUACUGCUGGCCUCCCUAGCAAAUGUGGUGUCAGUGUCCCUUACAAGAUCAGCACCUCCACUAACUGCAAAACUGUGAAAUGAAGUCGACGGAGAGAGAUUUUUCAGCCACAGGAUAUAACUACAGUAGCUAUCUAGCUUGAGAUAAAUAAAAGGGUGUUUAGUCCAUGCGGGGGCUCCUCGUGAUGGAGCCUAUAGCUCGUAUUUGUUAUAUAUAUGUAAGAGUCCUGUUGCUGUUGUAUCGAUUACGGAAGCUAGGUGAUGCUUCAUUUUCUGUAAUAAAUAUAUUUAAGUAUUAAACAA